AUGGAGCCAAGCAGUCAACGCCCAGCGCACAUUCCGGCCGCACCAACGGGACUGAACCAUCCUGAGGCGGCCGGUACCACGAACAGGAAGAUCGGAACAAGCAACAACCCAUAUCCCGUUAUUUUCGGGAGCCAAAUAACCAACAUCGGGGCUAUAAAAAGCCCCCGCGGGGAGGCAGAUCCGACGAUGGAUCCGUCAUUAGCUAAGCAGCUGAGAUUAAUCUGUCCGGAGAACUCAAAAGCCGACGCACCUGUGAGUCUUGACCAGAAUCUCACCAGUACAUUUGUUUUCGACAACUCCUUCUACAAUCAAACAAAGAACCACAGAGGAAUUCUUGCCAUUGAUCAAGCGUUAGCCUUGGACCCCUUGACCAGUAACAUCGUCGCCAAUUUAAGCACCGGCAAUGACUUCCGUGCUAGGUUCGGACAGGCAAUGGUUAAUUUGGGAGCUGUAGUUCUUAAUGAUAAAAAAUCGGAGAUUAGGAAAUCUUACCGCGCUGUUAAAAACAAACCCCGCUCCUCUUUCGGCCUUUUGGGUUGA